GUGAUUAGUAUGGAGCUAAAAUAUAAUAGGCAGAGGUGGUAGUACGGGGUCAGGUGGAUACGCUCAUUAAGUACUACAAUAAGCUCUCAGCCGCCAUGAAGACUACCCAAAAAAUAUUGAUAUCGUGUUUUUUGUUAAUAGCAUCGCAUACGUUUACUUGUAUUAUUGUCAUUCAACUGCGUGAACGACACAACGACCGGCGCCACGACUUUACUCGCACAUUUGUUAGAAAUAUAUCGCAAUCUUCGCCGUGUUAUUUGCGUGUUCAUGUUUGGUGUGACGAAGGGGUCCAACGAACACCCCAGAAAUUCGAAUGCCCGGGGCUGAAGUGUGGUAUUAUUUUUUCCCAGGAUGUCAACUACAAUACAAUGAAGUCAAGUGAUGCGGUGGUACAUGUAUCGUAUUGGGAUUGGAGCAGAGUGCUUAAGGAAAGACCACCGAAUCAAGUUUUGAUUUUUUUCACACUCGAGAGCCCUAAAUUCACUACACCUAGUGUGAUACCACCUCGCGGGUAUGACCGUGUAUACAGCUAUAUAAUGUCUUACCGACCAUCGUCUACGAUACCUAGUCCGUAUGGCUUUUAUGAUAGCACUGUACCGCAGUUAGCCACUGACGACGAUCGUAACUGGGCCUCGGGGAAAACCGAGCUAGUAGCUUGGGUUUCAUCCAGAUGCAAAGACAAACGUCCCGGUGGAUAUCGGUCGUGGCGGCGCCUUGAGUUUGUGGAGACACUUGCAAAGCAUGUUAGUGUCAAUAUGUAUGGAAAAUGUGGAAAUAAAGAAUGUGAUAAUAAAGAUGGCGGGUGCUGGAACUUCCUGAGGACGCAUAAGUUUUACCUGGCUCUGGAGAACACCGAAUGUAGGGACUACAUCACGGAGAAAUUCUGGUUUAACGCGCUCUUGAACGACAUGGUUCCUAUCGUCUACGGCCCUCCGCGUGAAGAUUAUGAGCGCGUAGCGCCACCGAAUUCUUUUAUCCAUCUUCAGGAUUUUAAAAGCUUCCAAGAACUUGCCGAUUAUAUCAAACGUGUAGAUUUAGACGAUAAGUUAUACAAUUCAUUUUUUGAAUGGAAAAAACAGGGAACGGUAAGGUACAUGGGUGCACAGUUGAUACAUCAGCCGGAGUUUAUGUGCAAAGUGGUAUCUAAAUUGUUGGAUUCAGAAAAUAAGUCACGUUAUUGUAACCAGGGCAUUGGAGAGAUAAAUCCAUCAAUAAAUGAAUUUUUGUCAAAUUCAUGCUUCGUACCGACCGGAUUUCCUCACGACUUUUGAAGUGUCAAUAGCGAUAUCCACACUGUCAGAACUGGUUCAUCUUUCUGUUGAACUAUCCAAUAUUGGAGAGCAAAAGUCGCUGUCGUUUGACGUGGAAUAGUGUUGUUUUUAUCAAUGCACCUUGUUAUGUUCAAAGUGCACUAAACCUAAUAAUAUUCCAGAGUAGAAACAACGUGAUGUGUAUUUGUAAUGCUGUGCCUUUAGUUGUUGUGGAAAAGUAUCUCAAUGAAGCUAAACCGGAAUGGGACUCCGACUGGUUGAUUUCCAUUCAAAUAAUAUUCAUGGUCCUGAAAAUAUCCAACCACCAGCACAACACCAACUGCAACAAAAGGAAUUCUCGAGUCUUAAGGAUCUGAUAAGUAAAAGCAUGUAAAAGCAAAUUCAACUUGCUUUAUAGCCUAUGCCUUAAUCAGUGCUUUGGAUCCUCUGGGAAAUGUGCUAUAUACACACGAUAUAAAUCCAAACAGUGUUAUUAUUUUCAUUCAAAUAUUAUUAUUCAAAUUUUGCAAUGAUUGACGAUGAAAUCAAGGAGAGAUCCGUAAGCUCAUUUUCGUUCAAAAAGACUCUGUCUGCUAUAAAAUGAUAAUAGUUGUUUUUUGUACGAACAUGGUUUUGGUCCAUUAUAGACAUCAGCGUUCUGAUCUAAUUAUAAAAUGCUGUCGUGAUGAAAUGGUCGAGUUUAUGAUGUAGUUUUCAGAUGUAGCGUAUGGCGGAUGUACAUACUAGUAUAUGUGUGUAAAAUAUAAAUUGCAGUUAUCUAAUCGUGCUCCCUGGAGACCGAGAGAAAUUAGUAUAUCGAAGAAGGUUGUUUUUCUGAUCCCUCAAUUCAUAAAAAAAUAAUCCAUUUUAUUGGAACGACCUUAUGUCCUGAAAAUUUGUCAUUUCAAUUCAAUUCCAUUCAAUUUUAUUUAAUUUGAUCUUAUUUGAUUUAUAUAUUUUCCAAAUUCAUUUAAUUUGAUCAAUUGCGAAUGACGAUGUUAUCGCAAAGUUUGUAUCAGCAAAUGUUGUUUGUAAUAAUGAUAGUCAACCGACUAUUAUCCGAGUAUGAAAUGAUGUGUGAGAAAUGCAGACCAAAGUCAUAUCAUUAACAUCACAUAUUCUCGCCUCUCAUUGUGCUCAGUUAGAAUCGAGAUAGUCUGUUGAUAAAAUGGUGACAAGACAUUUGCUCCGACGACAAUUGCUCCGGGCAUUAUUUAUUAUUAGAUGUAUAGGGUUUGGUUUAGGGUUGCAAUAGGGUUUAGGUUAAGGAUAGGGUAGAGCGUGAAAACCAGGUUUGAAGUUGGACAUUCCAUUUGUGUGUGCAAUUUAUAGCGGAGCAAUUCUUACAGGAGCAUAUGUCGUGGAGCCGAUAAAAUAGUCGUCUUGAAAUAUACAUCAGAUUGCGCCAAAGUUACUUAUUGCAGAAAUACAUUUACAUCGAAAUUGAUAUUAUUUCGGUUUGAACCCGUAAAUCUAAAUGCUAUGGAUAGGAUCAAUUACGGUUGGAAUUGUAUUUGUUGUGUUAGAAAAUGACGAAACAACAAAUGUAUCAUCUGCAUAUGAAACAUAGUUUAUUUUUUAAUUCAUUAUUGAUAUGAUGGUAACGAUCAUGAAGAAAAAUUAGAUCGAAGUCUUAAGCGUUUGUAUAAGUUCAAUUUGCAAAUGUCAUUGUAAUUAUUUAUGACCAUUUUAUUUUGUUCUGUGAAAAUGAAAUAAGCAAAUUUGAAAUCCGAAAUAUAAUCUUCGUCAAAAAUUGGUGGAUCAAAACAGCAGUAUCGCCCUGGACUCUGGACAAACGACAUAUUUGGAUUUUUUCGUCAGCUCCGAAACUUAGGACGAGCUGCUCUCCCGGUUCACCAAUUUUCGACAAAGACCUCCCAGCUGUUCAUUGUCAAUUGACAAACAUUUUCAAUAUAUUUACUGUGUUCUUGAAUGCGUCCUGUGUCGCGUUGCGAAACGGGCUAUUUUACAUGCUACAGUAACACAAACGAAACCGACUCCAAACCGACCGAAGAUACACUGAAAAAAACACCGGUGUUAAUUUAACACCAGCCUGGUAUCUAUAUCGAUCCAUAUAAUAACAGUUGUUGAAACAACACUGGUUUGGCGUUAGGCUAACACCGAUUUGGCAUUUAAGCAACACCAAUCAGUGUUAAACCAAUAUCGGCUUGAUUAUUAACUGGUUUUGUUUCAACGCUUCUCUGGUGUGGACAUAUGUAGAUACCAGGCGGGUGUUAAUUAGCACCGGCGUCUAUGCAGUGUAUUACAUUAUUUCCUAUGACAUGUAAUCAGCCGAUUUCGCCGGUGUGGCUAUUGAAUUAGGGGUGUCGAAUAUUUUGUAUGUCUGGGGCUUGGUGUUAAGAAAAUUGUGCUUGGAUUCGGUGACACGCCAUUUGCUCCGGCGACAAUUGCUCAGGCCUUUAUCUCGUCCAAGAUAUAAGGUUAGGGUUGCAAUGGGAUUUUAUGUUAGGUAUAGGUUAGGGUUUAGUGUUAAAUCCAGGGAUGAAGUUGGUCAUUCCAUUAAUGUGUGGAAUUUGCAGCGGAACAAUUAUCACCGAAGCAAAUGUCAUGGGACCUUCAUCCUUCCAAUAUUAGCCUACAAGACGUAUUACUGAGCAUGGUCUGUACCGCACAACACUCACGAUUUAAGUCACUAUCAAAUCCAUUUUUGUUCAAUUCUUUGAUAAUGAUAAUAAUGAUAAUAUUAAUAAUGAUACUACUACUACUACUACUACUACUACUAAUAAUAAUAGGCAUUUAUAUAGGACCAUCUAUUUAUUCCGAGGCGCAUUGUUUAUUAUUUUAACCCGGCUUUAACUCGAGCUGCCUUUCAGCGCUCAGUGCAUUCAUGGAAUUAAUCCUUCCGGGUCCCCAUUCAACUUACCUGGGUUGAGUGCAGCACAAUGUGGAUAAAUUUCUUGCUGAAGGAAACUACGCCAUGGCUAGGAUUCGAACCCACGACCCUCUGUGUCAAAGUGAGAAGACUGAACAACUCCAAUCCCCUGUAAUUGCAAUGGUAUUUAUCAUCUUAAAAAAAACCCUUUUCUUAUGUUUUUGCGUAAUGUUGUGGUGUGUGUGUGUUUAUUUAUAAUUUUUUACCGGUUAUGAUAUUUGUGUAUUUGUAGGGCCCCGGCUAUAAACAGUUUUGCUUCAUAGGGGUCCUGACCAUUAAGUAACUUGUAACUUGGUAUAUUUUGUAUUAUUUUUUGGUAUCAUGUUGUUUCUGUGAAUAUUUUGAUGUUUUUUUUACCCUUUGCGCGCUGAUGUUGCAAUCUUGCACAUUCGUACAAUUAUAUUCAACAGUUGUAGUAAUUAGUUUUCUCCCCUGCUUUCAAAUUAGAUGAACUAAUAAAGGCAAUAGUUCUUGGAUAACAUCUAUAUAAGAAUAAUGAGUAUCAAUGCUGCAAUAUGGAUAUCUUUAAUUAAAGAAAAACGCAUGGGAACAAUUGUCAGUAUUAUCUCCAAAAAUUAAUUCAGCAUGCAAAGAAUUAAUAGUCAAUGAAUUGAAUUGAAUUCAAUAGUAUCUCCUUGAUCAUGAUGUUGAGCUGGGGGAGCGUUUUAUCAGGGUUUCAUCAGGAUUCAUCCGAAAAAAACAUUUUGAUUCAUUGUGUUAUAGAUAAAGCAAGGACAGUAGGAAAUUAUGAAAGGAAUUAAACAAAAUUACUUUAGAGAAAAAUUGACUCUAUCCUACCAACAAAUUUAGAUAGUGAUAAAUUUGACGAUUUAUUCGUAAUCAUUGGAAAAAAAAUUUCGGAAACUUUUAAUCAUCACACUCGGGGGCGGAUCCAGGAUUUGUCGAAUAAGGGGGUGGGGGGGGGGCACGUUUUCCCGAGGAAAAAUUUGAUAAGCAAAAAAAAUAAGGGU